UUUACGGCUUCCGAUUGCUUUGCGGCUCUUCUUGCUUUUCGACUUGAUUUACGGCUCCACCUCCUGCCCUCCCCCACACCUUCAAAUUAGCGCUGUGGGUUAGGACCUUCUUCCCAGGGCCCCUUGCGUUUCUUUCCCAGUCGCCCCUGCGCGGUCUCUAGCUAAGCCCCCUUGCGCGUUUUCAAAGCUCUGAUCGAGCUCGCUCCUUGCGUGCACCGCGCGCUGCCUGAGGCGCAGUUGGGAUAAGAGUUUGAAAAAUAUCUCCACCAGAAAGUGAUGUUUGUUUUUAUACUUACAGGUAAUUUGAAGCUUGUAGUAUUUUCAGUCUUCUAAUUAUGUUGAAGAUAUGGAAUGUUUUGUGGUUUUCUUUGUUCCUCUUUUUGGUUUGUAUAGUUUUCAGAGGAUGUGUUAGGAUGUUUGAAUUUAUGUAGCUGCCAAAACCUUGGCUAUCUAGGAAGUCUUUCCUAACAUUUUAUUUUGAAAGAUUUGAAGCCUUCAGGAAAAUUGUCCCAUCAAUGCCUGCAUAUCCUUUGCCUAGAUUCAUAAGUUUGUCACUUUUGUUUUAUCUGUUUCUCUUCUUCUCUUUACCCACAUGUGUGUGCACAUACACAAUCUUUAUCAGUUGAACGGAUUGAGAGUAAGCUGCAGAAAACAUGGUGCUUCACUCCAGUACUUUAUCAUAUAUCUCGUAUUAAGGUCAUUCUCUUAACUGUGAUACAAGUACCACACUUAGUAAGUUUAACACUGAUACAAUACUCUCAUCUUAUAUCUAGUCCUUCAUCAGAUUUCUCCCUAUGUCUUAAUAAUGUCCUUUAUAGCAGCAGUCCCCAACCUUUUUGGCAGCAGGGACUGGUUUCAUGGAUGACAAUUUUUCCAUGGUUGGGGUGGGUGGGGCUCAGGCGGUGGUACAGGGCUGGGCCAUGGAUCGGGCUUGGGCACCACAGCUUUAUAGAUUUUUCCCCUGAUCUGAAAUUUCAUCAGGGACCACACAGUGUAUUUAGUUGUCUUAUCUCUUUAGUCUCCUUUAAUAUAGAAGAGUUCACAAGCCCUUCUGUUUAUUUUUUGAGAUGUUGGACAUUUUCGAAGAGUAGAGGCCAAUUGCCUUGCAGAUUUGAACUUAUUUCCUCAGGAUUCGAUUGGUGGGAAUACUCCUGAGUGACGCUGUGACCUUCUCAGAGCGUCAGUCAGGAAGCACGUGAUGUGGCUGUCAUUGUUGGCAUUAAGUGUGAUUACUUGAUUAAGGUGGUGUCUGCCAGAUUUCUCUAUUGUAAAGUUAUCUUUUGCCCCUCUCCACUUUUUACCCCCAAGUGCAAGUAGUUUAUUUGGAGAUGACCCUAGGACAAUUGGUAGAGGACAGGGAAAGCGUGACGGGAAAGGACAGGCAGUCAACAGAGUGUGAGUCAUCCAGCCAGCCACCAAGGUUAGGUAGCCAAACCUAAUUCCCCUGGGGAACUUUGGAGCCAAUGUAGAGCUCAUGGCUUGGUGGCACCCCAAAGAAGGGGUAAGAAAUCUGGGGUGUUUAAAUGCUAGCUCCUGUCAGUCACUCUGUAAAAGCUGAUCCCAGGGAACAUUAGUUGUCUGGCACUUCCCACUUGCCAUGAGCAGGUGCAAAAUAGGCUCUGAGUAGCAACAAAGGCUCUCAGGGAGAGAGAUCAGAUGUUGGCGCUUGGAAGUCAGGCCAGGGUGUGGUGCCGUGGUGAGAGCUGAUGGGGUAACUGGCAGGGCAGCUCUAGUGUCUGCUAUACAUGGUACCCCAGAACCUAGAGCUUGAGGCAAAAUCCUUUUUUCAGGAAGUGCAAUUUCAGAAGCAGAGGUGAGGGAAUGGGAGUUAGGGGAGAAGGAAGGUUAAGUCUUAAGGUUAAGAAGGAAGUUCAAGGGUGUACUUCCAAGUUGGCCACCCCUUGGUAUAAGUCCAGUUGCAAGCAAUCUCCUAAGCUGUCUCCCGGGAGGACGUGUAAAGUACUGCAUUCCAGGACAGCCAAUCCAAGGGAAGGAAGGAGCAGGACGUACUCCUCAGCUUCUGCGUCUCAUUGGAGAAAGAGGCCAAGUGGAAUUGACAUGUCUGGGGCUGAGGAAGCGAUCUUCGGAGCCAGUGACCGCCGUCCUGUUGGUGGCAGCCCUGUGCUAUGCUUCGGACAGUGCCAGUACACGGCAGAGGAAUACCAGGCCAUUCAGAGUGCGCUGAGGCAGAGGCUGGGCCCGGAAUACAUAAGUAGCCGCGUGGCUGGAGGAGGCCAGAAGGUGUGUUAUAUUGAGGGUCACAAGGUAAUUAGUCUCGCCAACGAGAUGUUUGGCUACAAUGGCUGGGCACACUCGGUCACACAGCAGAACGUGGAUUUUGUCGACCUCAACAACGGCAAGUUCUACGUGGGGGUCUGCGCGUUCGUGCGGGUGCAGCUGAAGGAUGGUUCAUACCAUGAAGACGUGGGUUAUGGUGUCAGUGAGGGCCUCAAGUCCAAGGCUUUGUCUUUGGAGAAGGCGAGGAAGGAGGCAGUGACAGACGGGCUGAAGCGGGCCCUCAGGAGUUUUGGGAAUGCACUUGGAAAUUGUAUCCUGGACAAAGACUAUCUGAGGUCACUAAAUAAGCUUCCACGCCAGUUGCCUCUGGAAGUAGAUUUAACUAAAGCAAAGAGACAAGAUUUUGAACCCUCUGUGGAACAGGCAAGAUAUAACAGCUGUCAACCAAACAUGAUGUUGGGACACCCAAAACCACAGCAAGUGACCUCCCCUUGCAGACCUCGCCACCCAGAUGAUCCCCACAUUGUGAUACAGGAGGAAAAGGACUGCAGCCCUCGACACCUGACCUCGGCCACUGUGGAGAAUGAUGCCACUUACCAGCGGAAGCUCCGGCAAAAGCGGCUGCAGCAGCAGUUCCGGGAGCAAAUGGAGAGACAGCAGCAAGUUGAAGUAUCUCCCCCAUCAGUUGAAAAGAAGAGUGAGGAGAAUCUUGAUAAUCUUGAAAUGUGGGAUCUGACUCCAGAUGGAUUGGACAGUGCUAUCAAGCCCUUGUUUGGACCAGAACCACCCCAGACAUCUGAGACACUAGCAUUGAACAACCAGAUGGUGACCUGGAACAGGACCCCACACAAUGCUUGCCACCAGAAACCACAAGCAAAAUCUAGACCCUGGCAACCCCAAACUUACAGCACUAACCAGCAUGUAACAGGUCUCCAUGCUUUUAAUGUUGUCCACAUAAGGACUGUAACACAUCAUGAUAGGAACAAGGUUGCAGUAGUGCUUUUUACUACUUCUAUCCAUCGAGACUACCAUCUUCAUCUAAUAUUUAAUAUAAUCUCUAAUUUUUGGGUUUAUGACAUCAUAAUCCUACAUUAUUUCAAGACCAACAUUUUUGCUAAGCAAGGAAAAGGCAUUUUCAGAAAGCAAAUCCUCUAUUUUAACAAAAUGGAAAAUAUUGUACAGGCUGAAUACCCCUUGUCUAAAAUGCAUGAGACCAGAGGUGUUUUGGAUUUUGAAAUAUUUGCCUAUACAUUGAGAUAUCUUGGGGAUGGGAACAAGUCUAAAAUGAAAUUCAUUUGUGUUUCAUAUAUAUCUUAUACACAUAGUCUGAAGGUGAUUUUAUAUAAUAUUUUACAUAAUUUUGUGCACAAAACAAAGUUUGUGUGCAAGAUAUGUUGCAGCUGGGGCUGGGAGGGUUUUUACCCUCGGGGCUGAAUAAACUGUUUUGUGUGUCUGUUUUGACUACAACCUGUCACAUGUGGUCAGGGGUGGAAUUUCCCACUUGUGGCAUCAUGUGGUACUCAAAAAGUUUUGGCUUUGGGAGCAUUUGGAUUUUGGAUUAGGGAUGCUCAAACACUAACUGCUUUCAUUUCCCAUUUCAGAUGUGAGAUGUAAUCUACCUUAACAGAAAUUGGUUUUACAGUGUUUAGAUCAGGCGCCCUCAAACUAUGGCAUGCGGGCCACAUGCCGCCCGCCUAAGACAUUUAUCCGGCCCGCCGGGUAUUUUUGCCACUGCUGCCUGUCCUGCUUAGC